GCCACCGUAGAACUUCCCGAAUGCUUAUGCCACGUGCCCUCGUAUCAAUCUGAGAAGAAAGCUUCAGUGCCCAUUGGAACGUAAUAAUCAACGGAGGCCUUUCUUGUCUUCUGUGAACUACUGAAGCUUUGUUUUUGAAAAUCAUUCUCUUCUUAGACUUCUUCCUGAUUUCAUUCCGUACGAUUCGGUUGUUAGGAUAAGCUGUAGAGCAAUAAAUUUUCCCUUUCUCGUUUAACAAGAUGCAGGAGGAAGUGGGAACUGGAUUUUUCUUCCAUUUUCACACGAGGAAAACAGUGUCUAUUCGAUGGGUCUUGUGAUUUUGCUGCCAGGUUGGGGGGUUGUGUCAAUCUUUUGUGCUUGCUCCUGCAGUUGGCUGGGCGUGUAGUUUGCCGAUUGUGAUGUGCCGGUACAUGUAACUUCAUUUGUUUCACAUGCAGGAAAGUGCUCGACAUUUUUUCUUUGAAGGAGUUUUUGGAUUGAUGUGUGUGCUUUCGGGCAUUUUGGUGUACUGUUUGGGGAACAUGGAGGUCUUUAGUUUCAAGUCUCUUCGUAGUUUGCUUUGAAAAGAGAUUGUGCAUUUGUUCCAAUACAGAUUUUGGAAAAGGGGGGGCCAGGGGUUGUGUAGUUGCCCAAUUUUUAGUUGGUAUCUGGUUUCCAACUGCAUCUGGUAUGAUGUGAAUUCAGAAUUCCGCCUUUUAAGUUGGUGGUUCUUGAUAUAUAUAGGCAAGUUCUUACCUAUGGUUUUGCAGCCUGAACCUUAGUUUUUGGGUGUUUUCUAAUUUUCUUGAGAGGCUGCAAGGGGUCUUGUUUCAUGCUUUUGUUGCUGGAAAGCUAGUUCUCUUGCUUCUAGUUUUAGGUUUUCUAUUUUGGUUGGUAAAAAAUGGAAUAAGACAGUUUACAUGAGUAAAUUUCUCCAUUUUGCAGGAAAAAAAAAAAUGGAAUAUGUACAUUACCGCAUGCCAAGCAUGGUCUACCUUUCUUCAGCAGUGUUCAAAAUUAUUGCCCUUAUUAUUUUCGUUCUCUGUUUGGAACUGCACUUUGGAAAUGCACAAGCCUGGAUAAGAGCAGGUUACUGGUAUUUUGGAUUUGGAUCUCUGGCUUCUGACAUAAAUUCAUCUCUCUUUACUCACCUCAUUUGUGCUUAUGUUGGUCUCAACUCUUCCACCUACCAGCUUUCCAUUCGCUCCUCCAUUGAAAAUUAUAUCUCUACUUUCACUGAAGUCGUUAAGCAUAAAAAUCCAUCAAUUACAACUCUGCUAUCCAUCUGGGGUGGAGAAAUUAACUCUUCUUCGGCCUUUUCUUCAAUGAUCAGCCACCCUUCUCACAGAAAGGCUUUCAUUGAAUCUUCCAUUAAAACAGCUAGGCUUUAUGGGUUUCAUGGUUUAGAUAUUUCUGGGUUUGCGCCAUCCACAGCCUCCAACAUGACUGAUUUGGGAACCCUCCUUGACGAGUGGCGAGCUGCUGUAAAACUUGAAUCGUCAAACUCUAGCAAGCCACAACUGAUACUGACAAUGACCGUUCACUACCUGCCAACUUAUAAGUCUGGGAAUUAUCCAGUGGCCUCCUUGCGGAGGAACUUGGAUUGGGUGAAAAUUGAGGCAAUUUACUAUCAUGGACCUUUGGAUAGUUUCACAGCACCUCCUGCAGCGUUAUAUGACCCUUCCGGCAAUGUUAGCACUGAUAUUUGUAUAAAAGAAUGGAUUAGUAAAGGGUUACCUGCAAACAAGCUGGUUCUGGCAUUAUUUUCUUUUGGUUCUGCAUGGACACUUAUGAACCCUAAAGACAAUGGUAUUGGUGCGCCUGCAUCAGGAGUUCCAGCGAUUACACGAGAUGGAUAUGUCGGCUAUAAAGACAUCAAGCAGUUCAUUCAAAAUUACAGAGCCACGUUGGUGUACAAUUCAACCUAUGUGGUAAACUAUUGCACCAGAGGAUCAAUUUGGAUUGCUUUUGAUGAUGUUGAAGCCAUCAAAACUAAGGUGUCCUACGCAAGAGAGAAGGGGCUACUUGGUUACACUAUGUUUGAAAUCUCCCAAGAUUAUAACUGGGUGCUGUCUAAGGCUGCAGCCACCAGUCAAGACCCAACAAAGGGUACACCUCGAAAAGAAGAUAACAAUUCAACAAAGAAGCAAAGCUUGUUGCUUAUUAUUUUGCUACCCAUUGCAGCAGUUUUACUUCUGUUAGGCUCUGUGAUGUGUUAUGUGUAUAGGACAACCCUCGAAACAGAAGGGAGGAGGGUUACAGGCAGAAUUUCAAUGCUUCAAUCAGAAUUUGAUAAAUCAGCCCAUGAAAAGCUUAAUGAUAAUGAUACUCAUCUGCAAGCAUUCUCUUUUGCCGACAUUAGAGCCUCUACAGAAAAUUUUUCAAGAGAAAAUAGGCUUGGAGAGGGUGGAUUUGGACCCGUUUACAAGGGCAAAUUACUGCAAGGAGAGGAAAUAGCAGUGAAGAGGCUAUCAAGAACCUCUAAACAAGGACUCGUGGAGUUCAAAAAUGAGGUCACACUCACUGCAAAGCUACAACAUGUAAAUCUGGUGAGACUUUUGGGAUUUUGCAACGAAAGGGAAGAAAAGAUGCUGAUUUACGAGUACAUGCCAAACAAAAGCUUGGAUUUCUACAUCUUUGAUUCAGAUAAACGAUUGCUACUAGAUUGGAAAACACGCGUUCACAUCAUUGAAGGGGUUACUCAGGGACUUCUGUAUCUCCAAGAGUACUCAAGAUUAACAAUAAUUCACAGAGACUUGAAAGCCAGCAACAUUUUACUGGACGGUGAGAUGAAGCCUAAGAUAUCGGAUUUUGGCAUGGCUAGAAUAUUUGAGAAAGACGAGGAUGAAACAAACACAGGCCGAAUAGUUGGAACAUUUGGAUAUGUCCCACCAGAAUGCGUGAACAGAGGUGCAUAUUCCAUGAAAUCUGAUGUUUAUAGCUUCGGAGUCUUGCUAUUACAAAUCAUAAGUGGCAAGAAGAACGUAUGCAUAUAUGGCUCUGGCGAAAAUUUAAACCUAUUGGAAUAUGCAUAUGAGCUGUGGAAAGAUGGCAAAAGCAUGGAAUUUAUGGAUCCCUCUUUGGAUGACGCUUCUUCACCAUGUAAACUAGCAAGAUGCAUGCAGGUGGCUCUACUAUGCGUCCAGAAAAAGCCAGUGGAUAGACCAUCAAUGCUGGAAGUUUAUUCAAUGCUCAAAAAUGAAACUGCAUCUAUUGCUACACCCAGAAGGCCUGCUUUCUCGAUAAAAACAGAUAAAGAAGAGGAAAAUAUAUCUGUCUUGCAGCGAGAAAAAAUUUCAGUUAAUGAUGUCACAUUUUCUGAAAUGGUACCCAGAUGAUAGUGUGUUUGUGAGGCAUCGUUUAUCAUGUUCAUUGUUUAAACUGUUGAUUUCCAUGUCCUGGAACUAAGCAAGGAACAGUCAAUAUUGUUCUUCUCAAUGAAUAGCAGUAAGACAUUACAUGUUCUCCAAUGAGAACUUGGAAAA